AUGUUGACCAUGGUCGACUACAAUUAUUCGUCGAAGUACCUUGAAACCCUUUCCAAUUUCCGGAAAGCAAAAAGAUUCACAGAUAUAAAAUUGCAGAUCGAAGAUAAUGAGAUUUUUGCCCACAGAACUGUUUUGUCGGCAGCUAGUCCCGUCUUUACCGCAAUGUUGGAUGAAAACUACGCCGGUGGUAAGAAGAAUAGCCUCGUUCUCUUCUAUGAAACAACGGCUCCCGUGACGCAGGCAAUUUUAGAUUACAUGUACUCGGGAAGGCUGGACAUCGAGAUGAAACAUGUAGAUUUGCUUCUACGAAAUUUGGAUUAUCUGGAAAUGGAAGACGCCAAAAAAGAGUGCGAACGGGCCCUGAUAACAAAUAUAAACUUUGGGAAUUGUUUUGGAAUUCUUGUCCUGGCAAUUAUUUAG